AUGGGACGCGCAAAAACCAAGGAAAACAACAAGGAUACUCCGGGAGGAACGAUACGAAUCUUAAAAUCGGCCGAAUCACUCGAGAAAGUACCACAGCAAAAACGGAAUGUGGAGGGCCGAUGGUUGUCAAGGGAUCACAAGCUGCGAAUUGUCUUCGAAUUAGGAUGUAAGAUUUAUGUGAUGCUAUGUGAAACAACUGACAUUUGU